AUGCUCGUGGUGGCCUGUGUGGCACUGUCACCAGCUGCAGCCUACACCACCGACCAGUGCCGCGAAGUGUCGCGGUGCGACGUUGACGGCACCCUCGUGUACGCCUUUUCUGGCGAGUGCGUGUGCUGUCCGGAGAUGCCGACCGGCGAUAUCCUUCCAGUGCAGUGCGUUCCGUCGACCGCGCACUGCCCUAGCGUGCCCAGCUGCAGAGCGUGCGACACGACCCCCGGGAUGUGUGACACCUGUAUGACCGGCUACGUACUCGAGCCUGCCAACAUCUGCAACGAGUGCUUGGCCUCGAUGUGCGACGUCUGUCAAUCGGGCUCCGAAGGCAAGCGCUGUCAGCUGUGCUCAGAAGGCUAUUACUGGAUGACUGGCGGUGAGUGCCACCCCGUAUCCAAUAGCCAGGACUCAGAGAGCAAUACGCAAUGCCGCGUCGCCUUCUGCAGCACUUGCCCUAGCACCACCGCCAGCAGCUGCACCAAGUGCAACGACGGUUAUGCGAAGGAUAGCAACGGGUUCUGUGUCAGCGCCUGUAGCGUCCAGCAGUGCGACAUGUGCUACACGGGUAACUCCGCCGACUGCCAGUUGUGCUCUGCCGGGAACACGUGGAGUGCGACAGGCUGCUCAGCUGGUGCAAGCGGUUGUCGUGUCGGUCAUUGCACCACCUGUGUGGCUGGCGACAACACCAACUGCGCUAUAUGCGAAUCGGAAUACACCCUCACCGCCGGCUACUGCUUGCCUCAGCAGCUCUGCACCGACGCCAACUGUGCCAGCUGCCCCAGCGACGCCGGCACGUGCGCUCAGUGCGCGAACGGCUACGGUCUCGUGGACGGUGCGUGUGUGAGGUGCGAGGUGCCCAACUGCUUCAGCUGCGACAGCGACCCGAGUAAAUGCACGCAAUGCGCGCCGAACUACUACCUCACCCCGCUCUCGACCUGCUCCCCGGUGGCCUGCAACAUCGAGCACUGCAUGGAGUGCGACCCACAGACGCCGUCGCGCUGCCAGCAGUGCGCGGCCCCCUACGUGGUCGACAGCUACGACGGCCUCUGCAGGCUCCCCGACGCCUGCUCCGUGCCCAACUGCAAGAAGUGCAAGACCGAUACCUCCAGGCUCUGCGCCGAGUGCGACGCCGGCUACAGUCUCUCCGCCGACGCGACGAGCUGCAGCAGUCCGACCACGCAGCCGUGCGAGGUGGAGCACUGUAACACGUGUGUGGACGGUGACAGCACCCGCUGUGCCUACUGCAACACCGGCUACUACGUCUCCGAUGGCAAGUGCAAGGCCAUGCAGGACUGCUACGUGUCCAACUGCGCACAGUGCAUGCUGCUUGACAGCACCAAGUGCUCCACGUGCAUGAAAGGAUACCUCCUCACGUCGUCCUACGGUUGCGUCCCGCAGAGGGUCAUCAACGGCGCGGCCGCGCCCUACUCUCUGUGGGUGCCCGCCGUCGUGCUCCUCGCCUCUGUUGCCACGCACCUUGCGUAG